AUGUUGACACUUUUAGUUUUCGCUGCCGUCUGUUUGGAUAGCAUUUUUGGAGACGGCUCGUCUAUAAAAAAGGAAUUUUCUGUCCAACCAGGUGGUAAAAAGUACUCAUUGACAAUUGAAAGGGAUGGAAUAAAAUGUACUUUCACUUAUGAAUGUCAAGGUGGAACGAACGAGAAAUGGCAUAUGAUUCUUUCAAAGAUUCGAGAUGAUAACGGCUACGGUUGUGUUGUAGAACGUUCUGGUAGCCAAACAAGUUACAUAUUCUUCCAAAGCUUCAAGCUAGAUGUAACGCCGCCUGUUGAAGCUUUGGCUGCUUCUGCAUUUGGUAACAAUAAUCAACCGCUGUCAGCUGAGGAAUACUAUUUUAACAAAAAUGAAUGUUUUGUAUCACAUGUCGGUGGAAAAUUCAAGGCUGCAUUAACUCGUCUUUCCCUGGAGUUCGUUUCCACACAUAUGAAGCCAGAACUCUAA